ACCAAACAUAUCAACAAUGCAGCCACGACUACUCUCGCUUGUUCUGGGGGCGCUGACCUUCACGCUCCCCACGCACGUCUCAGCCUUCUCCGACACCUCGCCCUACCUCCUGAUCUCCUCUGUAUCCACUAUCCCCGAAUCGCUACACUCACAUAGUAUUCUCUCCACUUCGUCAUUCUUCACCGCCACCAGCGAAGUAAUCCGCUCCUGCAAGGCAGACGCCUACGUCCUCGUCUCACAGCCCGGUAUCCAUGUCGAGGACGUCACCAUCGACAAGAACGCGGGAGUGCACUUGAAAGACCUCAUCGACGGCGUCGAUAAGUCCGGACGUUGGGUCGUCGAGAAUGUCUACGUAGACGAGAAGAAGGAUAUGGUUGCGGUUAUCGAGGCGCUGCAGGACGUGGUCGUGAAAUCGUGCGAUGCGCUGGUUGAGGGUGUUGAUGCGAAGACUGCAACAUUCAAAACCUUCGAUGGAGUAAAGCCGAAGGUCUUCCGCGUCGACUUCGACCGACUCCCCGCUAAUGGCGCGGCCCGCGCAAAGGCGGUGGAACAGAACGAUGCGUUCCUGCAUUCGGUCAUGGGAAUGCUGCCGACAAAGAAGUACACUAUCAUCUACGUGAGCUCGCCGGUUGGAGAGACUGUUGCUGCUGCGCCGGUGAAGUUCUUGACGCCCGCGAAGGAGCAAGCGGCGAGCUUGGAGCUGCGCUCAGCCGAGUUCGAGACCGAGGCCAAGAAUGCGACGCUUGUCAGAGGCGGGUUGUUUCACCGGUACCAGUUCUUUACGCCUGCCAUCUUCAUGGGGUACAUCGUCUUCUUCCUGAUGCUGGGAAUCUUGUAUGUGGGUGUGUCGGCGGUCAGUAGCAUUGGUGUUUCUUAUGGAUCCUUCGACAAGGAGAUGGGGCCGGGGGCGAAGAAGCAGCAGUAGAGAGAAGAUGUUAUGAUAGGAGCUUGAGCUUCGAAUAGGUAUUGCUUGUGUUUCUUUGGUAAUGGUUAGCAUUUCAUUUGCGUAUGUCUUUUCCCUACACGAGCUGUUUGUACAAUACAAUUCGUAUAUCCAUCACUGAUUGAGACUACGAUGCCAUGCGUGCGGCAGUU